CACAUUGUAUAUGUGAAAGAAUUGUCCAACUUGAGGAUUAUACUGGUCAAAAUAGGGCACGAUUUACGAAAUCCAGAAGCUAACUUCAGUAUUGCGUCAUGGAAAAGCUUAAAAAAGUGUUGUUGCUCUUUGUUCAGACGUGGGGACGUGUGCAAUGACAUAGCUGUGAUAAAACUAACGGAAGACAUAUGUUCUAAAAUAAGUAGAAACAUAGUGUUACCAAUCUUAAAAUAUUCACCGAUGGAGCAACUAUACAACCAAAAUGCCUCAUCUGCAGGCUGGGGUGACGUAACGUCUAAAUUAAAACCACGAUACAUGCAGAAAGUAACAUUGACAACAAUAAGUAUGGAAGAGUGUCUGAGAAAUGUUAACGAUGUGCCAAGAGUCACGGAUUCAGAUACAGAGUUACGGACUAAAUAUAUUCUGGAAAAUAAUACUCUUUGUAGUAAUGGCAAUCGGGUACCCGGAGUAAUACCGUACACAGUACUCGGAAAAGGCGACAGCGGCAGUCCUCUUGUCAUCGAGAACAAUCAGAUAAUUGCAGUUAACCGAGAUAAUAAGCUAGUCUUAUCCAAUGGUAAACCGUUCAUAGGAUAUAACGUGGAACGAGCUCCAGAUCAUCAGUUCGAAUUCGUAGUUUCAAUCAGUACAAAGUUUCCUCGAGGUUUAUAUCAAGAAGACAAUCACGUUUGUGGAGGAGCACUAAUAACUACAAGACAUGUUCUAACAUCAGCACACUGCAAAUGUGCAGCAUAUGGUCAACUUAAUGAUUACAGUGUAAAAGUAGGACAUGAUUUAAGAUAUCCGAAAGCUAAUUACAAUAUUGCGUCCUGGAAAAACUUAAAAAGGUGUUGUUGCCCUUUGUUCAAACGAGAAAAUACAUGCAAUGACAUAGCUGUAGUUAAGCUAACAGAAGACAUAUAUUCGAAAAUAUCUAGAGAAAUAAUAUUACCAGUUCUAAACUAUUCACCAAUUGAUCAACUGUACAACAAAAAUGUCUCCACUGUUGGCUGGGGCCAACAAAAUAAUUUAUUAAAUUCACGAUUCAUGAAGAAGGUAUCGAUGAGAACAAUAACUAGAGAAGAGUGCCAGAAGAAUAUUGUCGACGUGCCAAGAGCCACGGAAUUAAAAAUACGGAUAACAUAUAUUGUUCAAGACGAUGUUUUUUGUAGUAAUGGCAACCCAGUACCCGGAAGGAUACCUUACAUAACACUAGGGCAUGGCGACAGCGGUAGUCCUGAUAUGAAUGAGAACAAUGAGAUAAUUGGUAUUAAUAAAGGUAGUGUUCCAGAUUUCGGUCCUGAUUAUCAUGCAUACGAGCAAACACUGAACAUCGCUCUAUCGCCUCAUCAGACAUUCAUAGAAAAUGAAUUAACAGAGAGAGGAUGCAUAGGAUGUUUCGGAUAAACGUUAAUUUUUAUACGUAUUAAAGAAACGUUAAAAGUGUAUAUUGCUAUAAAUAAACUGGAGUACUUCCAAAGAUACUUAAUGUUCUUAGAAGUGGAAUUUUUAUCAACAAGUGCAGAACAAUCAAGAAAUGUAAAUAAUUGGUUUAAAUAAUAUAGAUUAUUUUGCACGUAAUGUUACAACGACCUGUAGUUCCCUUUUUCAAAAAGUGGCUGAAUGUUGUAAAGCACUUAGUGCACGCCCAGUAGGUUAACGUUUUUUUUUAUUAUUUACGUUUAUAAUUUUAAAUGAAGAUAGGUUGUAUUU